AUUUCCCAGAAACGAAACAAGUGUGAGCCCAGCUCUGAGCUCAGGGAAGUGAAACUAGCCCUGCCCCCUCUCAGAUCACAGCCAUGGCUUCCGGGAGCUCGGUACAAAGCCUCCGGGAUGAAGCGACCUGCUCCAUCUGCCUGGACUUCUUAGUGAUGAUCGUGGGCUGCGGGCACAACUUCUGCCGAGCCUGCAUCACCCAGUGCUGGGAGGGGGCCGAGACGGACGUCACCUGCCCCCAGUGCAGACAGACCUUUCCCCGGGGGACCCUGGGCCCAAACAGGCAGCUGGCGAAUGUUGCAGAGCUAGUGAAGGGCCUGAGCAAGCGGUCAGCUGUGGAAGCCAGAGGGAAGAUGACGUGUGAGGAGCACGGGGAGGCUCUGAAGCUUUUCUGUGAGACAGACCAGAUACUGAUGUGCUUGAUCUGCCGGGAGUCCCAGGUGCACCAAGCUCACUCCGUGGCUGCCAUCCAGGAGGCUGCCCAGCAUUGCAAGGAACAAAUUCAGACUCAGCUGCACCUUCUAAGGGGAGAGAGGAAGAGGCUUGAAGACCUGAGAGUGAGUGAAAGUCAGAAACAGGAAUAUCAGCAAAAGGCAGCAACCAAGAGACAGAAGAUUGUGGAUGAAUUUGAAGGACUGCACCAGUUUCUGGAGAAAGAAAACCAACUCCUGCUGGCUGAAGUGGGAAAGCUGGAGAGGGGGAUUGAGAAGAGUCAGGGGGAGACUAUUACCCAACUCUCCGAGGAGAUUUCCCGUCUCAACAACCUGAUCAGGGAGCUGGAGGAGAAGUGCCAGCAGGCAGCCAGUGACCUUCUGCAGGACAUCAGGAGCACGCUGAGCAGGUGCAAGGAUCAGUUCCAGCUGCCAGAGUGGACUUGUCCAGAGCUGAAAACAAGAUUUAGCAUCUUGUCUGGAAAAUACCUAGCUCUACAGGAAACUUUGAAGAAGUUUCAAGAGGCUCUGCCAUCUGAGCUGGAGAAGGGAUCAUACACAAAGGCGACGGUGACUCUGGAUCCAGACACGGCUCAUUCCUGGCUUGUCCUGUCUGAAGAUCAGAAGAGUGUGAGAUAUGAACAAACGCGGAAGCGUCUGCCCGAGAGUCCUGAGCGAUUUGAGUCCAUGUCCUGUGUGCUGGGCCGUGAGGGAUUCGCUUGGGGGAGACACUGCUGGGAGGUGGAGGUAGGGGGGGUCUGGGCUGUGGGGGUCGCCAGAGAUUCAGUGGCGAGAAGGGGAUUGUACCGGGUUAGCCCAGAGGUGGGGAUUUGGGCUGUGCAGCAUAGCCAUGGUCACAUCCAGGCUCUCACUGCCCCUAAAUGUACCAACCUGUCUCGGAAACUGGUGCCCAAGAAGGUCCGGGUGUGCCUGGACUUUGCAGAGGAACAGGUGUCGUUUCUCAAUGCUGAUACUGAGGACACAAUCUACACUUUCCCGACGGCCUCGUUCACUGGGGACAGAAUCCGGCCCUGGCUUCAUGUCCGUUGGCCUGAAUCCGAGCUCAGACUGUGCCACUGAGUCUGGUGGGGGAGGUGGGCAUGUAGGUCUGCCGUGGCUUUCUGCCACACCAUGCUACUGUGCAGUAGUUG